AUGGAAUCUAAAAAAAGUGAAGUUCAAAAAACUGAAAAUGAAAAGAUGAUCGAUGAAAACUCUCAAAGGUUGGAUAUGCUUGUUAAUAAGGAAUCGAUGCAACGCCGUAAAACUUUCAAAUAUAAAAUCGAUCAGUUAAAAUAUGAUUGUCAUCGAAUGCAUUCAACUAUAUCAAACACACAUACAAGAUUAACUAAUAAAUGGAGGAAUUUGGCUGAAAGAGAAGAACUUCUUACUCAAAGGUCGUUCCGUCCGAAUGAAUCAGUACAAUUAUUAUUGGACGAUGGUGAACUUUUGCUUAAUGAUCGUAUACAUUCAUCAAAUAAAGCUGUAGAUGAGCUUAUAAACCAUGGUAAUGCCGUAUUAAGUUCGAUUCGCUCUCAGGGAACAAUUUUACGUGAUGCUAAGCGUAAAAUAUUGGACGUCGUCCAACAGUUAGGAUUAUCAUCAACAACGAUAAGAAUGAUCGGACGUCGCGUCAGUGAAGAUUGGGUGAUUUUUACUGUUGGCUGUAUUUUUGUCAUUGUAUUUAUGUUUAUUUUCUAUAGAUUUUGGAGAGGCUAA